AUGUAUUCUUUUACACCAGAACAAAUAGUUUCAUUCGUGGGACAUGGCACAACCAUUACGAUCAAGAGCAAUAAAGUGCCGGUAAAAGGUUACUUAUAUACGAUUGACCCGGACACAAAGAACGUAGUCUUGUAUGACUUGGAUCAACAACGCGUUAUCAUCGUGAUGAAUCACGACAUUGAGAAAGUUUCAAGCACUUAUUCUCUUGAUAAAAUAGUCGAUGACAAAGACAAGAUAGAUGUGAAAUUAAUGGACUCUUUUUUCAAAUAUCAAGCCGACGAUGAAUUUACCCAGGAAUGGAUUGAUCAUCAGCGAGAACGAGUGAUUGGAUUAUUUGAAAAGAAUCGGAUUCCUAUCCAUUACGAUGAACCUGUGAUUCAUGUCUUGGGGUCUGCACGUGUUGAAUCUCCCUACGUAGCUACAAGUGUUGUAUGUGAUAACGCCCUGAUUCGAAAACGCGUGCGUGAUUUAUUACUACAACUCAGCCGAUAG